AUGGCUUUAUCAAGAACUGUACCGAUCGCCAUUUUGAUCCUUUCUUGCAUUUUUCCGGCCGAUUGCGUAGACACGACGGUGGUGAACAAGAUCUGCAACGGGAACAAGUAUUCGGAUUGGAGCCUCUACAGUUUCAGCGUCGCGCGGGUUUUCUCAGAUUUGGCUGACAAGACGGCAAAGUCCGGCUGCGAUUACUACUCCAAAUUUGACAACAGCGGGCAUGUUUGUUACGGCCACGCCGCGUGCAACGGGACCCUCUCGCAGUCGGACUGCUCCUACUGCGUGAGAACCGCUUGGGACGACGUCGACGACCAGUGUGACCACAGCAUCGGGGUUCAGUUCCAGCUCCACGACUGCAGACUUCGAUACGAGAAUUAUCCAUUCACCGAAUAG